AUGGACGUCGAUGCACCCCUAUUUAAUCCUGCGAAGCGACGGAAGUUCAUGCGCCGACGAGCUGACGAUACGAGACCCGAAGACGAAGUGGAAGCGAAGGCAUCAACACCGACUGCGCCUGAUACACCGGCAUCACCGGCUCCAGAUGGCGUGGAAACAGACGAGAUGGGAGUCGCUGAUAUAUUGCGACUUCGCAAGAACAAGACCAGGAAAGGCGGCAUCGAGUUCUCGACGUCUCGUUCGUCGCGGAGUGAUGCUCUCGUGCCAGCUGCCGAGACCACGGCCGAAGGCCGGUUAAGUGGUAUAUCAGAUCGAUUUGUUGGACACUCAGGCCAGAAAGUCGACGUUGACAAGCAUAUGUACGCAGACCUUUCGCCCAUGUUUUCUUCCAUCCGUCUUGUCAGCACAUUACAAGCGCAACAACUAACGUGA